UUUCUCUCUUCCUUAUUUCUCUCUCUUCUUAUCAUCGUUCCCGACUUGAUUCUUCCUGUUCAUUCACAACAACCAGAAAUUCCAACGGUUCUUGCGCUGAAUCGACAUCCAGCGCCAGAUAUUUUAUUUUCAUGCCUGAUUCAGAUUUGAGGAAUAUGGAUGGGAUUCUUGAAGAACUAGAUGAAGCAAAAGCUGAUAUUGAGAAGCUUAGGGCAGAAUGCAAGAUAAAGGGAGAAUUAUCUGAGAAUUUGAAGAGAGUUAACAGCGAGCAGUUCGCUAAGUUGCAGGAGGCAAAUUUGAAAAUUGAGAAGCAAGCUGAAGAGAUAAAUGAAAAGGCAGAAGAAUUAUCUAUGGAGAAGAAACGUUUGGAGGAACUCGAACGAACUUUGGUUGAAAGAGAGUCAAUAGUAAAGCAUCUUGGUUCUGCCAAUGAUAAGCUUCGAGCUGAUGCCAAUGAGAAGUCUGUACAAUUGGAAGAAGAAAAGAGAAGUUUGCUAUUGGCUUUGGAUGAAACGAAUGAGAAAUGCAUGCAUCAAGAGCAGAAAAUAUGUGAAUAUAGAGAAGAAAUUCAAGGCCUCAAAGAGAAUCUAUUGCUUUGGCAAAAAAAGUGUUCAGAAGCUGAAGAUGGACUGGUACACAAGGAGCAGGGGGAAAGAGAUGAUAUACUAACUGAUUUAAACGACGAAAUUGCAAAGGUUAAAGAUCAGUUGAAAUGGAAGGCUGAGCAAUUUAAGCAUCUGGAAGAGGCACUUGAGAAGGUUCGGGAACAAUUCAAGGUGAACAAAAAGGAUUGGGAACUGGAGAAAGGUACCCUGCUUGAUGAGAUCUCUUCACUGCAGACAAGGCUAAAUUCUCAAAUGUUAAUCUCAAAAGAUCUUAGUAAUAAGUUAGAAAUGUGCAACCAAGCCCUCGCUCAUGAAGAGAGUCGACGAAAAUAUUUACAGAUUCAAGUUACUGAUUUUGAGACGCGCUUCGAUAGUGUUCUUGAUGAGUGUGAACGUGCAAAAAUGCAGCUGGGCGAGAUAACUGCUCAGAGGGAUAAAGAAAUUGCUACUUUAAGAAGUUCAUUGGGAACAAAAGAUUCAUUUCUGAAGGAAAGAGAGUACCAAACACGUAAGUUGGAGGAAGAAAACCAGGAGUUGCGGAUAGCUAUCAAAGAACUUCAGGAAGAACAAAUUCAAGCACCUGGGGGUUCACCUUCUUUCAGAGAACUCCAAAAGAAGAUGCAAAGCUUGGAAACUUCCCAUGGUAAAUGCACAGCAAAUCUACGGGCUAAAGAAGUUGAAUGGACAUCUCAAAUGGAAGAAGUUUUAAGUAACAUGAAUGAUUGCAAAUCUGAGCUAUGCAGAAGAGAAGCAACAAUAAAGGAUCUUGAGGCAAUGCUGGAAAGUCAUCAUUCUUCAGCAUUGCAGUUGAAGUUACAAAAUGAGGAACUCUCUGCCAUGUUACUAGUGUUAAACCAGGGAAUAUCAGAGGCUCAAGUUAACCUGGCGAAAGAAAUGGCUGAAGUUUAUAUGCAUGACAAAGAUAGAGAAGAGAAAAUAUCUUUAUUGAUGAAGCAGGUGGAGGUGCAGAAUGCGGCUUUGGUGAAGGCCCACAAAGAUAUUGAAGAAGAACAUGACAAGGUUGCAUCUUUAAUGAAAAGAGUAGAAUCCUUGGAUCUUUUUGAGGAGCAGCUUCAACUAAUGCAGAAGGAAAUAGACAGCUAUAAAGAAAUGCUUGAGGAAUCAACCAAGUGUCAGCUUCACUUAGAGGAGCAAUGUCUGCAAAUGAAAAAUGAUGCAGCAGAAAAACUUGAAGUCUGCACUGCCUUGGGCAAGGCAAAUGCUGAACUUGCUGAAAAGGAAUCUAUCUAUAUUCGAGCUCAAUCAAUGGAGCUGAUUGAAGAGAAAUACAAAUCAAAGCUGAGAGAGCUUGAUCAGUCUAUGGAAAUACUUGAAGAAUCCUCCAGGGAUUAUCUUCUGUUGGAAGAACAAGUGACACAAAUAGAAUAUGAUGCAAUGGAUAGACUUCAAGAAGCAUGCAAUGCCUUAGAAGAAGCAAAUGCUGAACUGGAUGAUAAAAUAUGUGAAGGAAAUCAAAUUGAUUUUGAAAUGCAUAUGUGGAAAUCUAUAGCCGAACAGUUAAAACUUGAUCUUGAGGAAAAUCAUAGCAUGCGUAAACAGUUGGAGGCGUCACUUCUCGCAGAAGUCCAUUUUGGGGAGAACCUUAAGCAAGAGAAUUAUAGCCUUGUUCAAAAGUUAGAUGAGAAAGACAAGAGCAUUGAAAGUCUCGCGCAACAGGUUAUGCUGCUGGAGCAAGGGCUUGAAAUAAUAGAAUUGGAGGCAACUGCUUUAUCAGGAAUGGAGUCGGCAACUUCAUUUGAGUCGAUGAGAGAUGACUUUCUUCAGACUAUAAGAGAGAAGGAUGAGAUGUUAGAACAACUCCAAAAUGAAGUUGAGUGUCUGGAGCAAGAUUCACUGAGACGAGAACUUGAAGUAGCUCUGCUAUCUCAUAUCGGUGCCGAGAGUCUGUUUGAGGAUGAGAAGGAGAAACUCAUCCAAAUGGUAGAAAAGAAAAACAGAAGAAUCGAUCAACUCAUGCAGUUAGUACAUUCACUGGAACAGAAAUUUAAUAGCUCUUUAAUAUCAUUUUCAUCAGAGCUUGAUGAGAAGCAAACAGAAACUGAUCUUCUCCACCAGGCAUGGGAGAAGAUCAAUGCUGCAGAGAUUCUAGCUGUUUUAGAAACUGAAGAAAAGAAACUGAUGAUUUUGGAACUAGAGGAUAAUAUCCGCAUAAUACAGCAAAAGCUCGAGCUUCAGGAAGUAUCAUUGGGUCAUGCAAAAGAGAAAGCAAUGAAGAUUGAAGCAGAUCUGGAUGCAAAAGAGUCUGAAAUGAAGAAACUGACUGAUCAAUUGAAAACAAAGCUAAAAUUUUCAGACGUAUUUAUCGAUGAGCUAAAGAGUGAGAAGAGCAAUUUGAUAGAAGAUGUGAUGAAGUUGUCUACAGAAAAGGAAGACUUGAUGGGUAUCAUUGGAGGCAUAGGCAACCAUAUCAACGAGUUUUCGAAUUCAGACAGAGAAUUGAUGGGCCUUCUGGAGAAGAUAAUGCUCUCUUUUAGUAGCAAUGAAUGUCAAAGGAUUGAACUGAAAGAGAAUGCGAAUUCUCCUUCAAUGAAAAGAUUUGACGUCUCGGCUGAUACAAGAUCGCCCUUUAGAGAGCUCAACAGUUAGCUGCAGCCCCAGUAGCUACGACUCAAUGAACCAUACAGCUCAAAACCCUACUCAAAAUUGCUUCGGUCUGUACAAUUCUAGCACCGGCCUUUUUAAAUUUAAUUUAGAAUGAGAUUCUUAUUGUUUUCUACGACCAAAGUGAGAUUAUAGCACAGGCUCAAAUUUAUUUACUUUGGAGCCAGUGUUCAAAUUUGUUCAAAGUUUCUCUUCCUCCUCUAUGUACCAUUCUUCUUGUAUGCUCCA